AUGCUCCGCACCAUACUAGCUCGCCCACGCUCACAUUUUCCUCUUUUCAUCCGUCGCUACAGUAAACCAGCAACAAUGGCAUUGAGGGCAAUUUCGGCUAAGGAUGCCGCCUCGCUCGACAAAGACCUUAUGGAAUCCGGCGGUUGGUCUCUAGAUCAACUAAUGGAGCUAGCUGGACUCUCUGUUGCGCAAGCCGUCUGGAGAUUCCACCCGCCUAAUGCAGGCAAGAACAUCCUGGUGGUCUGUGGACCAGGUAACAAUGGAGGAGACGGCCUAGUAGCCGCUCGCCACCUCUCACAUUUCGGCUACGUACCAUCAGUUUACUACCCAAAAGAAGGCAAAAACGAGCUCUACCAACGCCUCAAAACACAACUCCACAACCUCUCCGUCCCCUUCAUAACAGCCGAACAAUUCCCAAGUAGCCUUCAACAGAGCGCCCUACUAGUUGACGCAAUCUUUGGCUUUUCCUUCGGCGGAUCAUUGCGCGAUCCCUUCGGUGAUAUCGUUACACAGAUCGAGUCCGCUAAAGUCCCUGUGCUGAGUGUUGACGCGCCCAGCUCGUGGGAUAUUCAGAGCGGGCCACCGAAGGAAGGUCCCGGUGCGAAUUUUAUGCCUAGUGCGCUUAUUAGUUUGUCGGCGCCGAAGCCUUGUGUGGCGUUUUAUCGGGGCAGACAUUUUAUUGGAGGUAGAUUCUUGACUAAGGCUUUGGCGCAGAAGUACGGGCUUGAUUUGCCGCAGUAUCAGGGUGUGGAUCAAGUUUUGGAAAUUGGGGUUGAUGCUGAAGGUCGAUUGUGA